AGCCAAAUAAAUUUAAUAGGCAUUAAUAUAUGCAGGGAGUAUUUAAGAAAAAAAAAAAAAAGUUGGAUCCCUUUUUACAAAUGUAAAUAUUUAUAUUAAUCCCUAGAAUUGGGUCUAGGUGCAUGACACAAACAAGAGUAAAACACAGUGAUUACACAUGAUGACAAAUCAUUAUUUCACAAGCUACUUUAUCAAGAAAAUACUAGUUACUACAAUCAUAAUAACUUCUCAAUAAUAAUUUCCUUGUAUUUUUCAAUUUCAUGUCUUCACUUACAAUCUAAGCCUUACUUCAAUUCCCAUUUAUUUAUAAUUAAAAAAAAAGCAUACUUAUUAUAUAUCAUGACAUACAUACCCUAACAUCAAAGAUAUAUAGAGAGAAAGCAAAAAAACAGGAAAAGAAAAAUUAAGAAUGAGCUCAGUUUGUAUCUCAAGUUGCAUAGAUGAUGCAAGGGUGUCUACAACAAGAGUAAGAGCCACUUAUGUAAACCUCUACAAGUGGCCGGAAUCGGAUGCCGAGUUUGUAAGAUCGGUGAGCUCUCGAGGUCCCGGCCACCCGAGGCCAAAGGUGGUAGAGAGCAUAUCAUGUAGGCAGAUAUAUCUAAGGAGUUACACCUUCACAAGAAAAGAGAGCGUGAACGAAAAGACGAAAAAGUGUAUAGGGAGAGUGAAAGAAAGGGUAGUGAAUGGUGGUAAGAAGAGAGCAUCAUCACAACAACAACAAGAAAAGAAGGAGAAAUCUGUAAGAAAUGUUAAGGAAGUGUCAUGUUCUGCUAUUAAAUCUAUUUUUAGAAAGUUGUUGUUUUGUUCUGCUAGUGUAGAUGUUGUGGAUGCCAAUGAUUCACUUGUAAGAUGAACUUAUUUGUUAGCUUCUUUUAAUUUAAUUUAUCUAGUAUGUAUUUUAUGUAGCUCUAAUAAUAUACUUGUAUUAAAUGUUUUAUUUAUAUCUUUUGUGGUUUUUUUUUU